AUGUCUAACACCACGGCCGAGGGAAGUCGGAUGCCGGGCGACUUGCAAGAAAUCCCGACAACGACGAAUGAAACCCGGCCCGACAGCCACGAAGCAAGCCACCACGUGCCCCAUGCCGUCGCCUCCGAUCCGUCCCUGUCGACUAGCGAUAGCGAGACAUCCCAAGAGGGCCACUGGGGAGAGCGGGGCACUGAACCCGUCUCUCGUCGCGGGGCGAUGGAGGAUUUGGAGGAGAUGAGACGGGAGCUGACCAGGCUUAGUCUGCAUCGUACUCGUUCCGUCAAAGGCGACGCGCAGCGACGCCGCUCGAAGGCUUCUCGCGCCGAUGAAGAGAAAGCCCUGGAAGGCGACGAACUCUCCGGCUCUACUGAAGGCGACUAUGGCGCAUUCGACCUGGGCGAAUUCCUGAUGGGUGGCCAUCUCGAACGACGCACAACAGCCGGCGAGCCGGCGAAGAAAGUCGGGGUCGUGUUCAAGAAUGUCACCGUCAAGGGGAUCGAGACUGGUGCCUCCUUUGUUCGCACUCUCCCCGAUGCUGUCAUUGGGACCUUUGGCCCCGAUUUGUACAAGAUCGUCUGCAGGUUCAUCCCGCAGCUCCAGUUCGGUCGCAAGCCUCCGGUGAGGGACUUGCUUCAUGAUUUCACGGGCGCGGUUCGCGAAGGUGAAAUGAUGUUCGUCCUGGGUAGACCAGGUGCCGGCUGUUCCACCUUCCUGAAGACGAUUGCCAACGACCGAGGCGCUUUUGCCGGCGUUGAAGGUGAAAUCAGUUACGGUGGUAUGUCCGCCGAGGAACAGCACAAACACUUCCGCGGUGAGGUCAACUACAACCAGGAGGAUGAUCAACACUUCCCGAACUUGACUGUUUGGCAGACUCUGAAAUUCUCGCUGAUCAACAAGACAAAGAAGCAUGAUCGGGACAGCAUCCCUGUCAUCAUUGACGCCUUGCUGAAGAUGUUUGGUAUCUCUCACACGAAAAACACGGUUGUCGGAAACGAAUACGUUCGCGGUGUCUCUGGUGGUGAGCGGAAACGUGUCAGUAUCGCCGAGACAUUGGCAACGAAAUCCUCCGUCGUUUGCUGGGACAACUCAACCCGUGGCUUGGAUGCCAGUACUGCUUUGGACUACGCAAAGUCACUCCGGAUCAUGACCGACGUCAGCAAGCGCACCACAUUCGUCACCCUAUACCAAGCCGGAGAGAGCAUUUAUGAACUCAUGGAUAAGGUAAUGGUGAUCGAUUCAGGACGCAUGCUCUACCAAGGACCCGCUAGCGAGGCGAGGGAGUACUUUGAGAACCUCGGCUUUGCUUGUCCGGACGGAUCGACCACGGCCGAUUUCCUCACUUCCCUGUGCGAUGUCAAUGCCCGUCAAUUCCAGCCAGGCCGUGAAGCAUCUACUCCCAAGACUGCAGAGGAGCUCGAGGCGGUCUUCCGCCAGAGCAGUGCUUACAGGCGUAUCUUAGAUGAUGUCGCCGGCUAUGAGAAGCAGCUCCAGGACACCAACUGCGAGAACACCCGUCGCUUCCAGAAGUCCGUCGCUCAAUCCAAGAGUAAAACCGUUUCCAAGAAGUCCCCUUACACUGUCUCUCUGGUUCGACAGGUUGCUGCAUGUGUGCAGCGUGAGUUCUGGCUGCUGUGGGGUGACAAAACAUCACUCUACACCAAGUACUUCAUCAUUUUGUCCAACGCUCUUAUCGUCUCCUCUCUGUUCUAUGGAGAAUCUCUGGAUACCAGCGGCGCUUUCUCGCGCGGUGGUGCUCUGUUCUUCUCUAUUCUGUUCCUUGGCUGGUUGCAAUUGACGGAAUUGAUGCCUGCGGUCAGUGGACGUGCUAUCGUCGCACGUCAUAAAGACUAUGCAUUCUACCGUCCUUCUGCUGUGUCGAUCGCUCGUGUUGUGGUGGAUUUCCCGGCAAUCUUCUGUAUGGUCGUUCCUUUCACCAUCAUCGUCUAUUUCAUGGCUGGAUUUGAUGUGGACGCGUCUAAGUUCUGGAUCUACUUCUUGUUCGUGUACACCACCACGUUUUGCAUCACCUCAAUGUAUCGCAUGUUCGCGGCGCUGUCCCCGUCAAUUGAUGACGCGGUUCGGUUCAGUGGUAUCGCUUUGAACGUGUUGAUCCUGUUCGUUGGCUAUGUCAUCCCCAAACAGUCCCUCAUUGAUGGGUCGAUCUGGUUCGGAUGGCUUUUCUACGUCAAUCCGCUCUCUUACAGUUACGAAGCCGUGCUUUCCAACGAAUUCGCCAAUCGUGUAAUGGACUGUGCUCCUUCGAUGCUGGUACCCCAAGGUCCGGGCAUCGACUCUAGAUACCAAGGAUGCGCUCUGACUGGUUCUGAACUGGGUUCGACGACCGUUGCGGGAAGCAGUUACAUCCAAACGACUUACCAGUUCACUCGCCACCAUCUAUGGCGUAACUUUGGUGUCGUCAUUGCUUUUACCGUCCUCUAUAUCCUGGUCACUGUGUUUGCAGCCGAAGUUCUCUCGUUCGUUGGUGGCGGAGGUGGUGCGUUGGUAUUCAAGCGCUCCCGCCGUGCUAAACAGCUCAAGGCGCAGGCUAGCAAAGGCAGCGACGAAGAGAAGAUGCAAACCGCGGGCCAGGGACAGUCUCAGUCCGGUGCAAACAGUGAAACCUUCAACCGUAUCUCGUCUAGCGACAGAGUGUUCACGUGGUCCAAUGUCGAGUAUACCGUGCCUUAUGGUAAUGGAACCCGGAAGCUUCUGAACGGUGUCAAUGGUUACGCUAAGCCUGGACUCAUGAUCGCCCUGAUGGGUGCUUCUGGAGCGGGUAAGACGACGCUCCUCAACACUUUGGCCCAACGCCAAAAGAUGGGUGUUGUAACGGGUGAUAUGCUUGUUGAUGGCCAUCCUCUGGGCACGGACUUCCAACGUGGUACUGGUUUCUGCGAGCAAAUGGAUCUUCACGACAACACCGCCACUAUCCGCGAGGCCCUCGAAUUCUCGGCUCUACUCCGUCAGGAUAGGGAUACUCCUCGUCAGGAGAAAAUCGAUUACGUCAACCAGAUCAUCGACCUUCUUGAGCUGGAGGAGAUCCAGGAUGCUAUUAUCGGUUCUCUCAAUGUCGAGCAGAAGAAGCGGGUGACCAUUGGUGUGGAGUUGGCUGCGAAGCCCAGUCUGCUUCUUUUCCUUGAUGAACCCACUAGUGGUCUGGACAGUCAAGCGGCGUUCUCCAUUGUGCGAUUCUUGAAGAAGCUCUCGCAGGCAGGACAGGCUAUCGUGUGUACCAUCCAUCAGCCUUCGUCCAUGCUGAUCCAGCAAUUCGACAUGAUCUUGGCCUUGAACCCUGGCGGUAACACUUUCUACUUCGGUCCCGUCGGUCAUGAGGGCCGCGACGUGAAGAACUACUUUGCCGAUCGUGGAGUCGUUUGCCCUCCGUCUAAGAACGUUGCUGAGUUCAUUCUCGAAACGGCUGCAAAGGCCACCAAGAAGGAUGGCAAAACUUAUGACUGGAAUGAAGAAUGGCAGAAGUCCGAGCAGAACCAGAAGAUACUGGCCGAGAUCAAAAAUAUCCGGGAAGAGCGCAGCAAGAUUCCCCUUCCCGAGUCGGGUGCGACGUACGAAUUUGCAGCUCCAGCCAUGACGCAGACUUACCAUCUCAUGAUGAGAAUUUUCCGGCAAUACUGGAGAGAUCCUUCCUACUACUACGGAAAGUUGUUUGUCAGCGUCAUUAUCGGUAUCUUCAACGGUUUCACCUUCUGGAUGCUGGGCAACUCCAUCUCUAGCAUGCAAGACCGCAUGUUCUCGACUUUCCUGAUCAUUCUUCUCCCGCCCAUUGUUCUGAACAGUCUGGUCCCAAAGUUCUACAUGAACCGCGCCCUUUGGGAAGCGCGCGAAUACCCGAGCCGUAUCUAUGGUUGGUUCGCUUUCUGUACCGCCAACAUCAUCUGCGAGAUUCCGAUGGCGAUCGUGUCCGCUCUGAUCUAUUGGCUCCUGUGGUACUACCCGGCCGGGUUCCCCACUGAUUCCAGCAACGCGGGCUACGUCUUCCUCAUGUCGAUGCUCUUCUUCCUCUUCCAAGCCAGCUGGGGUCAAUGGAUCUGUGCCUUUGCCCCCUCCUUCACCGUCAUUUCCAACGUCCUCCCCUUCUUCUUCGUCAUGACCAGUCUGUUCAACGGUGUCGUCCGCCCUUACUCCAACUACCCGGUGUUCUGGAAGUACUGGAUGUACUACGUCAACCCGGUGACCUGGUGGCUGCGCGGCGUGAUCUCGGCCGUCUUCCCCACCGUCACCAUCGAGUGCUCCUCAACGGAGACCACCCACUUCAACCCCCCGUCCGGCCAGACCUGCGCCAGCUACGCGGGCGACUGGGUCUCCAGCGUCGGCAACGGCUACCUCGCCAACCCGAGCGCCACCGCGGACUGCCAAUACUGCCCCUACGCCAACGGCACCCAGUACAUGCACACGUUGAACGUCCACGACGGCGACAAGUGGCGCUGCUUCGGCAUCUUCUUGGCCUACGUGAUCAUCAACUGGGCCCUCGUCUACUUCAUGAUCUACUGCGUGCGCGUCCGCGGGUGGUCGUUCGGCUUGGGCUUUGUCUUCUCCGCGCUCGGCAAGGUGAUCGGUGGCAUCAAGGGGUUGUUCACUAGGAAGAACAAGGGGGAGAAGCAGUGAAGAACCCCAUUUUUGGAAUGUUCCAGCAGCGCUUCUUAGUUGUAAGGCUUUUUUCUUUUUGUGGUGAUGACCUAUGAUAUCACGUGCCAUGUGAUUACGGUCGGUGGUGGCCUGGAAGGAGUUCCUUUGGCUCUCUGCAGGCCCAGUUCUAUACCCGGUAUCUUUAAUGCUUUGGGUAUCAGCAUUUAUUUAUUUUACAUACCAUUAUAACAAAAGUACAUAAUGUGGAU